AUGGAUUAAGAAUAAAAGUAUCACUUUCAUAUCCCUUUUGUUAACAAUUAGUAAGAGAAAAAGGCCGAAAUAAAGCUUACAAUAAUAGGUUUGAUUGAUGUUUCUGCUUCAAUGUAUACCAGAUGGGAGUGGGUAGCUAACUUUUGGAAUAAAUCGAUACCAAAAGACAAUUUAAUUACACUAACAUUUGAUCAUAGAGCAAAAAAGGUGCAUAAUAAUGUUUUGUCUUAAAAUAUAGAAGAUCAUGGUGAAGGAACUACUGAGAUAGUUCCUGCAUUUGAGCUUUUAGAGAACGAAAUAGUAAAGGUUCCCAAGGAUCAUAACAUUACUGUAAUAUUCAUAAGUGAUGGUUAAGACAACCAUGUUAAUACGAUAGAAUAAAGAAUGAAAUAAAAAUUAAAGGGAAAUGUUUAAAAAAGAAAUAUCAACUUUAUUUGUUUAGGAAUUGAAGAUGAGUUUCCCACAUUUUUAGCAAUGUAGUUAAGAUAAUUGUAUCACAAAGGAGAUCCUUAAAUUCCUGCAUUGUAUUUAAUUGAACAUGCAUCUGAAUAAGCUUUUCAUAAUAAAUUUGAAAUAAUGAAAAGAUAUUUUUACACAACAAAAAUGUUACAGGUUAAUAAUGUGGUUAAUUUAUUCCCUUAUGAUGAGGAAGUUACAGAUGAAGUUUAUGAAGGAUAAUGGGUUUAUAGUUUGAAAUCAGACUUAAAAUUUAUUAAUUAUCCUGGUGUUUAGAUCAUUCCAAUCGAAUAAAGUUAACUUGAGAUUGAUGAUGUUGUUGAUCUCUUUAGAUCAUGGGUUCAAAACAUUCAAAUUAGAAUUAUGGGUAAGCAUGAGGACAGCAGAGAAAAGGCUAAGAAAUGCUUAUAAAUUGUUAAUUCAAUUACAAAUAGAUUAACAGAAUACUUUUAGAUGGACGUGUUGAAUUUUAAGAUGGAGGAAAUCAAUGAUCCAAAUUAACCAUUUAAAAUAAGAGCAAAAAGAAAUUAUGCUUAUAAAUAUGGAAAUAAAUUAUUAUUUUUUGUGAAAGAAUUAGCAUAAUUAUCAGAAGGAUCCAAUCCAAAUGAAGUAGAUGAUUUUGAGGCAGCUAAAAGGUUGAAUAUAGGUACUAUUGUUGGAAAGCAUCAUUAAAAGGCUUUGGCAUUAAAGGGCAUUACUGUACAGGAAUUUAAAUAAAUAAGAGAAGAAUUUUAAUAAAUCAUUCAAAAUUGCAAAAUUAAUCCUUAGAAUGAAUAAGGUUAAGAGAGAUCAGUCAUUUCAUUAGAAAAUUUCAGAGACAUCAUCUCUUAAAAACAAGAUAUUUUAGAAGGAUUAAAAUUCGUAAAAACAUAAUAUGACUUUGCUGAGACAUUCCCUUUAGUUGGUCAUGGAUUGAAGGUUAAGAGAAAUGAUGGAUCUUUUGUUAAUCCAUGGUUAAUUCAGGUUUAAUCAUUUGCAAAACAUAAUAAAGUAAUUGAUUCUGCCUAUUUAAUCAAAAAUAAUUUUAAUGUCCAAUUGUAAAUUGGUGACAAUUAAACAGAAGAAAUCAAUUGUAUUUUGCCUUUGUUCCCAUAAUCUGACAAUGAUUUAUAAGCUGUUCUUAGAUCAAGGAUAAUCAAGUUGCUAUUGACUUUUAUGGUUUAAUAAAAUGUAGACACUCUUUAUGAAGAAACUUAUUUGGCAUUGUUAUCAAAUUCACUAAUAAAUGUAUUGAAAAAGUAAAAAUCGCAAUGGUAGACUGAAAUAAUGGAGUAAAUCUUUGAAACUACAAAGUUAGUUUAUUCAGGAACUAAAAAUUUCGAAAAUUAUUUAUAAAAGCUAUUACAUAAUCCAAAUUAAGCUUACUUGGAAAAAGAAGCAGAAUAUGAAGAUUAUGUAUCAACAGCAAAACCCUUCAUUCAUCUGUUUUAUUUAUCUAAACUAGGGAAUGUUGUCAAAGAUUUUGAAUUGGAAUUCGAAAGAUUGAUCAUAUAUUAUUUCAUUAGGGAACAAUAUAAACAUCAGUAAUAGCUAUCUUACUAUCUGAAAUUGAAAUUAGAGAAACAGGACGAAAAUUUGGUUUAAGAAUAGUUGAAGGCAACUUUCGAGAAACAUGUUAGCAUCAAACACUUUAGAAAUUCAAUUACUAAAGAAAUUGAGGAAACGUUACUAAAUAAAUAUUAAAAGGAUUCUACCCUGAUUGGAUUGAAUGAGGAGAAAGUUUUCAAUCAUGAUUUAAAGUUAACUUUAGAUGCCAUUGAAGCUUUCUAUGAAUAAUUUAAGGGUGUUAAAUUUGAUCAAUAAAGAUAUGUACAUAUCAUUUAUCAUGCUCUCAAAUUGUAAGAGAAGGAUGUUUUCUUAACAAGAGUCAACUAUAAUAAUUUAAAAGAAAUUCAAAAGGCUAUGAUUUAAGAAAAUAAAGGUAAUUUAACUAAAGGAACUUCAGCGAUCAAAUAAGCUUUAGAAAAAGAAUACUAAGUUUGGUUUAUUAAGAAUCAUAUGUUGGUUCAACCAUUAACAUAUGAAUAAUUGCAGAUUGAAUGUCAAUAAAAAGGAAUUAAUAUCAAUACUAUAGCUUAUAAUGUAAAAUCCGGAUUAAGUAGCAAUUGUUGUAUGGCGAAAUAGUGUCCAUACUAUUUAAUUGUAAAUGGUUUAGAUUUUAAAAGACAUGUCUAAACAUGGGGAAGAAAGGUUCCUUAAGGUUUUCAUUAAUAUGUAAGAUCAGAAAUUUUGAAAGGAUAAAAUAUUGAAUAGAUUAUUUAAUCUUCAACUCAAAAAUGGAAGAAAUUUCCAAAUCUAUACUUAGGUAAUGAAGAUAUUGUUCAUCAAUAUAUCAAAUUAAUUUCAGAGUCCUUACCCAUAGAAUAUUAAAUAAAGGAAUUACCAAAGGAACAACUCUUGCAUCAUUAAGUUAAAUUAACAUUCCCCUAAAAAUAAAAGGUGAAGAAAUAUGGAAACAAGAGAGGGUAAAAUAGAUAAAAUUAAAGAGGUGGCUUUAUUAGAGGUCGUGGAAGAGGAAGAGGAAGAGGAAGAAAACAUUGA